AUGGCAAAGAUUAAAAAGAGAGGCGCCUCAGGUGCAGCCAAAAACUUCAUCACCAGAACUCAAGCCAUCAAGAAACUACAAAUAUCCUUGGCCGAUUUCCGUCGUCUUUGCAUAUUCAAAGGUAUAUACCCAAGAGAACCAAGAAACAAAAAGAAAGCCAACAAGGGCUCAACUGCACCGGUCACCUUCUACUACUCCAAAGAUAUCCAGUACUUGUUACAUGAGCCGGUAUUGGACAAGUUCAGACAACACAAGACUUUUGCUAAAAAAUUGCAACGGGCCUUGGGCAAAGGUGAAAUCGCCUCGGCGUCAAAACUAGAUGCCAACAGGCCGAAAUACACCUUGAACCACAUCAUCAAGGAAAGAUACCCUACAUUUAUCGAUGCGUUGAGAGACCUCGACGAUCCAUUGAACAUGUUGUUCUUAUUCAGCAACAUGCCUGCGAUUGAUCGAGUCUCCACCAAGAUCAUUGGCGAUGCUGAAAAAUUGUGCAACUACUGGUUAGCUUAUGUUUCCAAGGAGAGGUUGUUGAAGAAGAUGUUUGUUAGUAUAAAGGGAGUCUAUUACCAGGCAACUGUCAAGGGGCAAGAAGUGAGAUGGUUGAUCCCGUAUAAAUUCCCCACGAAUAUUCCAACUGACGUGGAUUUCAGAAUCAUGUUGACGUUUUUGGAAUUUUACUCGACAUUGUUGAAUUUUGUGCUUUACAAGCUUUACAAUGAGGCAGGGUUGGUGUAUCCUCCACGUGUCGAUAUUAAGAAAUUAAAGGGCGCUGGUGGAUUGAGCAGUUAUGUGUUGCAAUCUAAGGAUAGCAAAGAUGUGCCUUUGUUGCAGCAGAAGGCUGAAACUGAAGCUCAAGCUCAAGCUCAAGCUCAAGCUGAGGAUAGCAAGGGCAAGCAGUUGUCUGCAGCAGAAAUUGAAAAAGCCCUCGAGGCAGACCACGAGGAAGAAGAAGAAGAAGCUGAAGCAAAUGCAAUUGAAGAACCGGCACAAACGACAGUGGAAGAAGUUGAAUUGGAUGAGUUUCAAAGUGGGUCUACAAAGUCAGGCACCGAUACCCUUAUCCAACCAUCAAGAUUCUCCUCGCCCACUUCACAACUUUUCUCCAAAUUCAUCUUCUACAUUGGUCGAGAAGUGCCCAUUGAUAUUCUUGAAUUUGUCAUUCUUGCAUGUGGAGGUAAAGUCAUUUCCGAGAUUAGUCUUGAUGAUUUGAAAAUUAAUGAUGCAAAAUUGUACAACUCGUUGGAUAUGGACUCCAUUACUCACCAAAUAUCAGAUCGAAACAAAUUGACGCACAAGUUGCCGGGAAGGACAUAUAUCCAACCACAAUGGGUAUUUGACAGCAUAAAUCAACAGCAAUUGUUGCCUGUGGGUGAAUAUGCCCCUGGUGAAACUUUGCCACCGCACUUGUCGCCAUGGGGAGACGCAGGUGGAUACGAUCCACAUGCCAAAUCUGAACUAGGUGGAGACGGAGCCAGCAAUGAAGCUGAAGCAAAAGCCGAGGAAGAAGAAGAAGAAGAGGAGGAGGAAGAGGUUGAAGUUGAAUCAGGAGACGAAGACAAGGAGGAGGAGGAAGAAGAAGAAGAAGAAGAUGAUGAUGAUGAUGAAGAUCUCCAAGCACAAAAGGAACUUGAACUUGAAGUUUCCGGCAAGAAAUUCUCUGAAUUGGAAGAGCCAACACCAAAGAAACAGAAAAAGACAAAGAGUGCCGCCAAGACGAAGCAAACCCCUGAAGAAGAAGCUAAAGAGUUGGCCAAGAUUAUGAUGACCAACAAGCAAAAGAAAUUGUACAACAAGAUGCAAUACGGUAUUGAAAAGAAGACGAGCAGGAAUGAUGCAUUGACUAAAAAGAGGAAGCAAUUGGAGAAGAAGAAACAGCAGUUGAAGAAAAUCUAG